AUGGUAGAAAAGGCGAUUUCUUUCUAUAAAGGACAGAUAGCGGUUCGCGGCCAGGAUCCAACUAAAUGUGUACACCACAAAGGCGAGUCUUUGGAUUGGUUUUGUGAGACAUGUUAUGACGUCAUAUGUGCCAAAUGUGUGUCCACUUCACACAAAGGUCAUGACAAUAUCCUACUUAGCGAAGCUACUCCCGACAGCAAACGUAAGAUAAAAUCAUUUAUAUAUGAAACGGAGCCNACUUCACACAAAGGUCAUGACAAUAUCCUACUUAGCGAAGCUACUCCCGACAACAAACGUAAGAUAAAAUCAUUUAUAUAUGAAACGGAGCAAAAAGAGCUGGUUGAAAUUCAACUAAAAAUCAGUUCAACACAGCAUAGUCUGGAUGAACACUUGAACCAUUUCAAGAGUGUAGCAGAAGAAGUAAAAAUGCAAGGGGAGAAACUUAAGGAGGAUAUUGAUGUUUUGAUAGCGGAAACACUAGCUCAGGUGAAACAUUUAGAAGUAGAAAAUACUAAACUGCUCACCAGUUACAAGAAUGAACUCGAGAAAAAACUAGCAGACCUAAAGGAACAACUGAAACAUUGUAAGGAAACUCUUCAGACAGGCACAGAUAUCCAGGUGUUUGACCUUUCAAAAGGACUUCAGACAAACAUCAUCUUACCUGAAAAACCAAAGUUAGGUUCUGGCGACUUCACCCCAAACAACAGAAGGAAUACAAUCCUGAAGGAGGCAUUUGGAAAACUUUCCCUGAGACCAAAGGAACAGUCUCAGUCCUCCACUGGCCCUGACCAGUCAGAUGAAACACCAGUUGAUGAUAACCCGCUACCUUCCGGACAUCAACAAUCAGUUAAACGGAUCACAGACACAGAUAAAGACCCGGAGAAGGCCCUUCUUCCUCAGAUUAAGAUUAUAUCAGAAUGGUCUCCAGAUAUGAUUACCAAAAUAUGUCCAAAACAUGGUGGCGGCGUGUGGACAAGUGACGGGUACAAAGGGAUCCACCUAAACAGUCAAGGAGAGAUACAGCAGGAGAUAAAGAGUCCUGUCUACAUCUCAUAUAUCACUUUAUCCCCUACUACACACAACCUCUGGGCAUGUUCUACUUCAGAUAAGAGUGUCUUGGAGCUGACAUCAGGUAAACUGACCCGCAGAUUCAAAACAAAGGAUAAACCCCGAUGUCUGUGUAUUACAAGAGAUGAACAUAUUCUUGUGGGAACAAAACAUAAAAUUACCGAAUACACUCCGGAAGGGAAUCCCGGUAUCGGCACCAAAACAUAUUUGUUGAAGAAACCGAUGGUGUGUUCACCACAGAGUAUAUCACAAUGUCCAAUCAAUGACAAUGUCGCUGUCGUUGAUAGCGAUCUUACAGAUGAUGGUGGUCAGGACAAUCCAGCAGUCAUAGUGUUAGACAGAAAACUUAAGGAGAUAUACAGGUAUAAAGAAUCACAACAUUACAGCGGAUCUACGUCUCUACUUUUCCCCUAUGAUGUAACAUACGACAGUCUAGGAUUCCUGGUAAUAGCUGACUUCGCCAACAGAGGCAUACAUCUGCUGAGUGGUGAUGGACAAUAUCUGCGACAGUUAUAUACUGAUAUAGACCUACCCUUUGUUGUAUGUGUUGACACGGAGGGAGUUCUGUGGGCGGUGUUUGGUUUAUCCAACACUAAUCAAAAGGUUAAACGUCUACAGUACACAAGUGUUUAA